GUUACUCAGACAACUCCUCUUUUCCUCCCAAAAACAUAUGAAACUUUAAAAAGCAUCAUUUCAGGCUGUUUGGUUCACUGUAUAGAAGAUCAUGGCUUCCGCAAAUGACAGAGCAGUUCUACAAGCCAUCUUCAACCCAACCAGUCCCUUUGGAGAUGUUCCUGCAUUAAAUCAAGAAGACAAGCUUACAGAUGAUGACACUGUUUUUGACCCCGAGCUUCUGAAGCAGGUGAAAGAUCUGGAACUACAGGGAGUCUCUGUCGCCGAAUCUGGAGAUCUGCCUGUUGCCCUUCAGCAUUUUAACCAGGCCAUAACGGUCCUGCCGCAAAGAGCCUCGGCCUACAAUAACCGAGCCCAGACCAAACGUCUACAGGGAGAUACUAUAGGUGCAGUGGAGGAUCUUGAGAAGGCGAUAUCUCUGAGCCGAGGCACAGGACGAACAGCGUGCCAGGCUCUGGUCCAGCGCGGGCUUCUGCUCAGGUUGGCUGGCAGAAACGAAGAGGCCCGGGUGGACUUUGAGAAGGCAGCAGCUCUGGGCAGUGAGUUUGCCCGGCAACAGGCUGUGAUUUUAAAUCCAUACGCUGCCCUGUGUAACCGUAUGCUGUCAGAGGUCAUCAAUAAAAUACGCAAUCCAGAAAUAUCAGAGAUUAAAUAAGAAGUCAUAUGAUGAGGUGACGUGCUAAAAACACACUCAGAAAUCUGUUCACUUGUAUAGCAACAAAGACGUUUAUUGUAUAUGCACAACGUGAACCACAUGUUUGUAAACAGUCUUGUUAGUAAAAACAAUUCUAUUUCACAGAUUAUUGUGAUUUUGGAAAUAAGGGUAUGCAACAGCACAAGAAUACAAGCUAUAUCUAAAAACAGAAUAAACAAUGCCACUGCAUUUCUCGCUUUAAUUACUGGUAUGACAAAAUAUUUAGAAGCAAAACGAAGUAAAAUAAAAAUUACGUCGGUUUACACAAAAAACAAGCAUAAAAAAUGUCCUUUCUAAUAUUUAACUUUUUUGUUCUACACUAUUGGCAGUUUUGUAAUUUGUUUUAUUUGAACAAACUCAUUUUUUGAUUUAUUUUUAAUUCAAGUAAAGUUAAAUAAGUUAACAUCUGUAAUGUUCAAUAAAAAAAAAAUAUCUUGUUUCACCAAUUUCGCACUCGAAAACAAGACAAAAUAUGAAAUACUAAGAAAUUCAUACUGAAGUACACAGGCAAAUUUAGGGGGUAACAACUUUUAAAGUGUAUGAGUAUUUUCUGCCACUAGAGGUCAUCCAAGAUUUGUUGGAAAAAACUGCACAUCAAGAUUUGUAUGAAGACAACUUUUCAUAUUGUUCACAACAAGAUUUGUACCAAAUAAAAUAUUUCCUUGUUAAUUUA